UCUCCGCCCUCCACAGCAGAGCAGGCUGCUGGAUGAGCCGCUCCGCUUUCUGCCACUUCACAAAACUGUUUGCAUACCAAUCUCCCCUCAACACUGCGUGCCUGUCCAAACUGGGAUCUCACAUUUAGGAGUGCUGGAUUUUAUUAGUUGGACUCUGCUAGGUAAAAUUAUCUUCCGUGGACACCCCCAGCUGAUCGGCAUUGUUUCUUUUAUUUUAAAUCUUCCCUCCUGCAGUCCCAGCCUUUUUUUUUUUUUUUUUAAACCCGACUGUUUAGUCACAUUUUCGCAGGGAAACAUCUUGCCACAGAGAGAGGUUUCGACACUGAGCUGCGUUUUGGAGCCCAUGAAAACAGGAGAGGAGAGGGAACCGAGAGAAGCCGUCAGAUUCACCUGAACAAAGAAGAGGCACACGCUGAUACACAUGGGGCAGGGAGAGGCUUCAGCGCGGGGGACGACCAUGGAGGGGGACUGUCUCAGCUGCAUCAAGUACCUGAUGUUUGUCUUCAAUUUCCUCAUCUUUCUAGGGGGAUCUUUCCUCCUGGGAGUGGGAGUGUGGGUACUGGUGGACCCCACAGGGUUCAGAGAAAUUGUUGCAGCGAACCCCCUGCUGUUCACUGGUGUCUACAUCAUCCUUGGCAUGGGAGGCAUGCUCUUCCUUCUGGGCUUCCUUGGCUGCUGUGGAGCCAUCCGCGAAAACAAGUGUCUGCUCCUCUUUUUCUUCAUGCUCAUCCUCCUCAUCUUCUUAGCAGAGCUGGCUGCUGCCAUCCUGGCCUUCAUAUUCCGGGAGCAUCUGACCAGAGAGUACUUCACCAAGGAGCUGAAGAGACAUUACCAGGGCUACAACACCACUGACGUCUUCACCUCCACUUGGAAUGCCAUCAUGACUACAUUUGACUGCUGUGGGGUGAACAGCCCAGAGGAUUUUAAGGACAGCCUGUUCAGGCUGAUCAACCAAAGUCAUAUGGUGCCAGAAGCCUGCUGCCAGCGUGCCAGUCAGACCGGGGAGUUGGCCUAUAUCAGCCAGGAGCAGUGCUUAUCAGGCAAUAUGAUGUUCCGCAAUAACAAGGGCUGUUACUCUGCAGUAGUUGACUACUUUGAACUGUACAUCUAUGUGGCUGGAGCGCUGGCCAUUGUGGUGCUGACCAUUGAGCUCUUUGCCAUGGUCUUUGCCAUGUGUCUCUUCAGAGGAAUCCAAUAGAGCUUCUCCAUCUGUGAACUUCUUCUUCUUUUUUUUUUUUUUUAAAGGGAAUUCAGGAGAAAAUAACAAAAUGGACACUUAAAUUUGUUGAUCUCCUUUUCUAUUUGCUAAUUGGUAGAAAAACAAACUCUUGUACUUCACAGCUGGACUUUUGAGGUACUGGGUGGCAAAAAAAACAACAACACGUACACACACAUAAAUCAAAGAGAAAGUGGGAGAUCAGAGACAAAACUGAUGUAAAAAGAUUUGUGUGUAAAGUGGAAACAGUAAUUUCUUUGGACCAGGUCUAGCACAGACUGGGUGUACAGUGGACCAGGCAUGAGGACCGGGUGAAGCCUGAGCAGAAGGCACUGCACUGACUUUUGGAUGAAGAAUAUUUAUAUUAAGUAAAGUUGGCUUAACUGUAAAAAAAAAAGAAGAAAAAAAAAAAAAGUGUUUUAUGUACACUUUGGCUGUUCCCUUUUCCUGCUCAUGUAUACUGUAACACUCCCUCCAUACGCCUUUUUUACAGCCACUAUUCUUUAAUGCUGUAUUAUAUAAGCUGUGUGUGUGUGUGUGUGUGUGUGUGUGUGUGUGUGUGUGUGUGUGUGUGUGUGUACAUACGGGAUGCUCUUUUUGAAUGUGUAUGAACUAGUUUGUGAGCAUGUGAGCUCGAGGCUCCUCAUGACCCUUCCCAAGCUUGAAAGCCAACCUCUGAUUCUUUUUCUAUUUGUAUGGUGCUGUUUACUGCAGUAGUGGUUAUAAUGUGGUUUUAGGUGGUGAAAUGUACGUGUAUGCAUUUGUAUUAGAUUCUUGAAAAGUCAAUGACAUAAAUGGCAUUCUAAAUGAC